AAAAAAUAAUGUAGAUCCCCAAUUCCUGUUUUCUUCUCGUCUCUUUUGUCAAAUUUUCUCUCCUGGUUACGGGUUCAGUUUGUUCUCAGUUCUCACGACAUCAGAGAGAGAGAGAGAGAGAUGGCGGGAUUACUAGCAUGGGCGGCGGACGUCGUCGGCGGUGGCGGGCAAGGCAACUUAGAAGGAGAUUCGAAUCCGAUCCCGGUCGUGUUCACUCCGGAUCAGCAGAAUUACGUCCGCGAAUUGGAUCAGAAAGCAGCUUCUCUGAGCCGUUCGAUCCAAGAUCUACGGCUGAGACUGCCUCCACAGGACAUCUCCCAACGCCUUCCUCACCUCCACGCUCACUCCCUCGCUUCCAACGCCGCCCUCGCUCUCCAAUUGAACGCUCACUCCGCCACUCGCGAACAGGUCAAUUAUAUGAAUAUAUAUACCAGGCCCAACUAAGAGAGGUGACUCUGCAAGAAGAAAAUCCUGCUUAUGAAAAGGCUAUAUCAAGUUGUGAGAGUAAGAUACAGGAGAAGAUACAGGAAGCUGAUUUACUUAGGAGGAAAUUAGAGUCUUGUCAGGAGAUGGAGGAGGCUGAAAAGAAUUUGAGAGUGGAGCUGGAAAAUGCAGAAACUGCAUCGGAUUCCAGUCAAUCUGGCAGCACGGAGGAAUCAGCUGGUGAAUCCACAAAAGCAUUUGAAACUGGACAAGAUACAGGCGACCCGAACUUCGCAAAACUAGAUGAGUUAGAGAAGAAGAAGAAGGAAUUGAGUUCAAUGGAAGCAAUAGUUCAUAAUUUAGAGAAAAAAUGGUCCCAAGUUCAAGAAAACGCUCUCAAGCAGCCCUCCCCAGCACAAAGGGAGAAGAUAUUGGAUAAACAGCUUCACAGCCUCAUUGAGCAACUAGCUGUAAAACAGGCGCAAGCAGAAGGCCUGGUCAAUGAAAUUCAUAUAAAAGAGAUGGAAUUAGAGAGAUUAAAAGGGUUGUGGAGGAGGCUUGAAAGCACCAAUGCAGAGGCAAAUACAGCUAGAAAUCGGUUUGCACGAAGCACAUUUGACAAGGGGUCUGCUGCUUCUGAUUACAUUGUUGAACCUCAUCAGAAGGCUCCUUAUUCCAGUGGUGGCCGAAGUGAGAGUCAGCAAAGGCUUGUGUUGCUUAGAUCAGCCUUUGUACUCUACAUAUUAGUUUUGCACAUCUUGGUCUUCGUCAAGAUUUCAUUUUGAAAAGCAUAUAGAUAAUACUCUAGAAAUAUGAGAACAUACUGAAACCGAUGCAAUACCUUGUUUUUACAGUCUUGAUUGUACCCAAACUAAAGAGGGGGGGAUUUAAAGAGAAACAAGAAAAAAAUAUAAGGUUUUUGCUUGUAUGGAUAAUUGUUGUGUAUAUUUGAAUGAAAUGAAUAUACAUUGCCCUAUACUUCAAGUUCAUUCCUGUUAAAGGUUGAGCUUCAUUGUCGUUGCCGAAUUCUACAUGUUG